AUGAAAGGCCAUGCCCCAUCACGAUCGCUACCACAAUACAACGGACCAAAACUCGCGCCAUUUGCUUUUCAAAACCCCGCCGAGCCACGCAUUGAGUUUCUGAUUGUCUUGGGCACCGGCCUUCACUCCGAAGUCCACCGGGCGCGUAUAGAUGGUAAAAUAUAUGCUGCAAAACUAUUCUGCUUCUGGAGCAUUGGUGAGCUCGUUCCGCCAAACCUCAUUACUGAUGAGGAUGCUGAUAGACAUAUGAAUGGCAAGAUUAUUGAUUUCAGUCAGGCACGCACGUCGCCCCACGAGUUCCUCGAUUUGAACAGAAAAAGAUUCAAGUCUCUUGUGGCUGAAACGUGCGCCACUGAUUUUCAAGCUUUUGAUGAUAUGAUGAUGCUUUGGAUGCUGGAGGACCCGGGCCAACGAGUCUGGGACAGAUUCAUGCCAAACUGGAGCUACGGACGAAAACUGCGCCACAAAGAUCGAUACGAAAAGUGGUUUCCUGAAUCAGACUGUGUCAAAUUUGAUGCAGCGUUGUAUGAUUGGAAAGCUGCUGAGAAGAAGAGAAAACAGCUGGCGGCGUCGAAAGGUGCAACUGCCAGCCAGCAAAAGCCUACGUCAGGCGCUGUACGGAAAAAAACAACGAGAAAAGCGCGUCGAUGA